UCUUUCAAAAAAUUUAAAUUCAAUUAUUUUUAUUUAUUUCUUACAGUGUUGAACUGGUUUCAAUUGUUGCAUACCAUCUACUAUCAAUUGAAACUACAACCGCUACAACCUUUUCAUUUCCAAAAUAAGCGCCAGUCCUACCGCACGUACCAUGAAGAAAACAUUACCCGAGACUGUCUUUCCGGCACACAAACUUCGUUAUUGCGAUUUUUGAGGGAGGAUUGUACUUUGUACACACAAAGCAACUGCAUUAUUCUAGCAGCAAAUAGAUAGAAUAUCAAGCGAGAGAGCGCGCAGUCAAUGCAAUUUGGGAACGAGAGCGUAUUGUUUACCUACAAACUCAUCCCUGUUGUUCACCUGGCUUGUGGACGAACAGCAGAAACUUCUUCUUGUCUGCCAAAACAAAACCAGCCGUUAAAGUGAGCACACGUACAUUUGUAUUUUAUUUAUGGUAUAACUGCGAAAUUAAAUUAUAAAUUUACUUUUUUUUUUACUUUGGUUGGAAAUUAAGAAAAAUGGUUGAAGGCGGCAGUUUAAUUGUUUGCUAUCGGAAACAAAUAGUUAACAUUCAUUACGAGUCCACAAAUCGUUACGAACAGAUCAUUAAGUUGAUUAUUCAGCGCUUCAAUAUUCCGGCCUCGCAUGAGACAGCCUUGCUGAUCUCCACCGAAAAUGGCAGAAUUUUUGAUAAACUACAGUUCGACUACUUUCUCACGCUCUUCCCGAACCCCAGCAUGGUUUUCUACAUACGUUAUGAUUACAAUCGUGCAGUCGGCAUAUUGCUGUCACCGCAGCCGCAAGAGGAAAUUGUAAAAACAACAACAGAAAGUAGUGAUAUUGAAAUGAAAAAGAAAAGUGAGAACCAAGUUGGUGAAGUUGAUCAAUGUGCAUCGCAGUUUACACCAGUCUAUCGUAUGAAUUGCUUCAUCUACGAAUAUCCCACAACAGCUAUGACAUUAACAAAUGACAGUGCUCAGAAGCAGAAAGCUAAUAUGAAGAAACAGUCACCGCGUAGCGAAUUUGUGAAGCGCGUGAAAAAGCGUUUGCAAAUGGGUGAAUUGAAAAGGCGUACAAUGAAACCUUUGGCGCACGUUAAACGCUUUAUGCGACUGUGAGGGAGGGAGAGGUAGAAAAGCUUAGCAAUCAACGACUAUCGUGUUAUUAUUUACAAUUAAGAUUUAUAAAUUAUGUUUUUUCUCCAAACAAAAAUUAUUCAAUUUUUGGCUGACUGUAUACGACUCUAUUUUUAUUUAUUCCUAGUUAUUAAAAUAAUUUAAUCUAUGAACUGAUUUAAUCAUAUACUCAACCAAGCAAAGCAAUCAAAUAUUUGUGUACAUACUUAUAAAACUAUAUAUAACCCUUUAUAUACAUAUAUCCUAUACAUAUGUAUAUAAUAGUAUUAACCGCUUAAGUGUUUUAUUAAAUUUUUUAUUUUUUCUGGAAAUCAUUUUUAAUUUUUAUUUCAAAUUAAAUAUAUAUAUAUAUA